AUGUAUCUGCUCGCUCUGAUCCUUGGGAGUGUGCUUCUCCCCAAAGCCUAUACACUGAGGUGUCAUGAGUGCGUGCCUACUGGAGUUACAGCAUGCACAAGCACACAAAAAACUUGUACGGGUUCCGAUGUAUGCGGAUCAGCGAGGGUCAUUCAAUACUUGGGGGGGUCUGAAGUUGCAGAUGUCAACGCUCAGUCUUGUACCUCGAGUGCUGAGUGUAUAUCGGGUUCAAUCAACUUCGGACAAAGCAGGACUGUAGUCACCACAGCAUGUUGCUCCACUGACCUCUGCAACGGAAACCCUGCCCCAAAGCCCCGUGUGCCUGCUCAGAAUGGAAAAAAGUGCUAUGCAUGCGAUACCCAAGCCUGCAAUGGCCUUCUUAACUGCUUGGGGGAUGAAGAUCGCUGCAUCUCAGGAGAAGUGACGACGGGAGGCCAAGCGAUUCGUGUGAAGGGCUGCGCCUCCGCGUCCAUUUGUUCUGGUAGUGGCUCAGGACAGGUGGCAGGAAUCACAACUAAAAUUAGCUGCUGCCAAGGUGACCUGUGCAACAGCGCAAGAGGCAUUGGUGUGAGCCUUCUGCUCCUGGUGGCACCAAUGGUCUGUUUUACUCUGUUUUCUUGAUUGAAGCACAGUUGUCUCACCCACCCACCUCCCCUUCCUUAAGCUUUUCAGCCAACAUUGUUUUGGUUAUUGCUUGGUUAUGCUUUUCUAGUCUGAGGACUAAAUUGUAAUUAGUUAAAGCUGUACUGUGGAGUUUCCCAUUUAAACAACUGGAAUCAGUUUACAAGUCAAUAUAUCACUUGUAGUACAAGCCCAAGGUAUGUUAUGUUGUUGGACCCCUUUGGCUAUACUGACAGUUAUUACCUCACAGGUAAAAAAAAAAUGUUUUUUUUCCAUACGUGUAAAGGUAAGACAUGGAUCAGUCAAGUGGGGGGGGGGGACCCUUUCCUGUGAAAACACGUUGUUUAGAAUUUUCCAGAGUUUCCAAAAUAUGAAAUGCAAAUGAUUAUAUAUGACAAAGAACUUGAGAUAUAUUUGACUCCAAAAUGAAAAGAUGGAGGUCUAGCUGCCCGGCAGAGUUUCCAAGACGGGCCCAAGUGAACUGGUUUCGGCGCAGCGGCUUGAUGAGGAAGCUCCAUCGGCAUCAUUGUUUUGUUGUUGUUGUUUUUUUUUGUUGUUUUUUUUUGUUUUUUGUUUGUUUGUACGGAGACUCAAUUUGCUCAGUAGCGCUACUAGUGGCCAAAAAAAACCCCUCCAAGGUUCAGAAUAAAUUCAGUGCUUCCUUUAUUUGGUAAAUACAUGAUGAAAGAAAUUAAUUAAUGUCUACGGCGAACAAAAGCAAAUAAA